CAAGCAAAGAACAAAAUGGUCUUACUCUUACCUAGGCGCAUGUUAGAACUGUCCAAUUCUCUCAUCUUCUUCCAAGUUCCAAGUUCCAGCAGCGCCAUAUCUCUUCCGCCAACAGUUUUAAUUUCUUAGCGCAUAAACUCCGGAAAGGAAGAGAUUGUCAAUCGCAUCGGAGAUGGCGAGCACUGCUGAUGCCGCCGGCGAGCCGAUCCCGACGUCGGCCGUACUCAUGGCGUCUUCGAAGCAUAUAGCGACGAAAUGCAGAAUGGAGAAUAUGGCCUUUAUCAAUUGUAAGAAGAAAGAUCCCAACCCAGAGAAAUGCCUCGAUAAGGGCAAGGAGGUCACUCGUUGCGUUCUAAGCCUGUUGAAAGAUCUUCAUCAGAGGUGCACGAAAGAGAUGGAUGCAUAUGCAGGUUGCAUGUAUUACCAUACCAAUGAGUUUGAUUUAUGUCGCAAGGAGCAGCAAGAGUUUGACAAGGCAUGUCCAUGGAACGAGUAGUUGAGGAGAUCUGUAAUCUCAAAUAAUAUGAAACAGUCUAGUGCAAGACACAUUUUUGUUGCUAUUUUUCUCUUAAUUGAUCAUGUAGAUGGAAUGCUUUCUUUCCUUACAGUUAUUGUUCUUGGCAAAUGGUUGUUGGCCAAUAAACAACAGUAUGCUGUGCUGCAGCUGGUGUUGUGGUAAUUGACAUUUUACACGUCUCUGUUCAGCUAUCUAUCUGGAAGGAUAUUGUGCUUCAUGAAGUGUUACAAAAUGGCACCUACCAGUCACACUACAAAUACAAUGACAUGGCCUUAGUGUCAUUCAACUCUUUGUGGCAAUUUGCCUGGAGGGAAGCCAGUCUAGUUGUCCGGGAGCUGCCAGUGGCAGUAGUUCAGGCCUUUGCAGCAUCUCUAAGGUGGAGUCAGGAUUUGAUUUCAGGUCUUCGGUAGUACCAACCAGUUAGGGUGGCACAUUGGACAUGGUUGAGUGAUUCAUUGCUAUCUUUUUUGAAUCAAGACCAUUGCUGAAUCAGAGGUUAUAAUCAUAUGUUGGAAGAGAAGGGGGAGCUGAAGUAGUGUUUGAAAUUUUGAAUUUUAUUUAGAUGGUUCUCUGUGUCUGUGGAUAUGCUAAUACAUUAAUCAGAGAGAGCUAUCUGCAGUUCUGUUUGCAGAGAUAGUGGGCUAUUAAAUUAAUUGCUGAAAGCUAAAGCUUUCUUAGCCAUAAAAGAGAGUUCUCUGCCAUAUCUAAGCAUGCAUAGCCUUUAAAGAGUGAGUUUUUUCCCCA